CUAUGAAAGCCCCCCCUUUCGAACCACUUCAAUCCGUGGAUUUGAAAUACCUUUCACUCAAAACCGUUUUUCUGACUGCCCUGUCAUCAGUCAAAUGUGUGGGAGACCUUCACGCGCUGUCUGUCAGCGCUGCGUGUCUUGAGUUUGGACCAAGUGACUCCAAGGUCAUUUUAAAGCCUAGACACGGCUAUGUUCCCAAGGUGAUCGGUACUCCUUUCAGAGCACAGGUCAUUUCCCUAUCGGCGCUGCCAGCACCCGAUAGCGAACGCGACGCCAAUCUCCUUUGCCCGGUCAGAGCACUGAGAUUGUAUACUGCGCGCUCCGCUGCUUUCAGACACUCCGAGCAGCUUUUAGUUUCGUUCGGAGGGCGCACCAAAGGUCUCGCCGCCUCGAAACAGACACUAUCUAGAUGGAUAGUGGACGCUAUUGCUGCUGCAUACGCGUCAAAAGACCUGCCAUGCCCGUUGGGCAUUAGGGCUCACUCCACUAGAGGCAUGGCAUCCUCGUGGGCAUGGUCCAGCGGGAUUUCCAUUCACGACAUAUGUGUGGCAGCGGGAUGGACUUCCCCCUCCACAUUUGUCAGAUUUUACAAUAUGGAAGUGCCCGCUCUGCAGGCAAAACUACUAGCGGUUUAAUACGCUACAGCUCCCCUGGUGAGCUGCACUGAUGGGACACAUUCCACACAGACCGGCACCGCCGCUCUGUCGUUCCCUUCCCACUAUGUGCUUAUGUAUUACACAAUCAAUGACCCACAUUCUUGCCGGCCAAAUAUUAUUUCCCCACUCAUAAGGGCUCCCCCAGGUCCCCCCUUAAUUCCCUGGGGCUCAUACAGUG